AUGUAGAUAGAAGCCUUGUGAUGGUACUUUGUAAAGUCCUUAAAGAAUAGACUUUUCGCACCAUAUCUGAUAAGUCAACUGUUCUGUAACCUGCUGUCGCUCGUCGGAAGUACAUACCCGCCUGUCUGUCAGAUGAUCAUCGUUUUAAAGAAUUAAGUAGGUGAUUGUGGUUUGGAACAUCGCGGAACGGGUCGAAUUUAUACUCAAGCACAGCCAACCGUGACUCCCCACAACAUCAACCCUACAGUACUGUUCAACAGUAUACAAGAGAUGACGGAUCAAUUUGCCUUUUCAUACCCCUCCCCGCUCGAAGGGUACGAGAACCUGGAGCCGCUCUCAGAUGAGCGAAACGAGGACGGAAAGUCCCUCAAGAACCCCCAACAUGGCAUCCUGAGCAAAGCAUACGAGGAAUUCCCGGAUCCCCUCACGAAAGACCGACGCGGAGGCUUCGACAUACAUAUCUAUCACUUUCAAAAUGACCCCGACCAAGUCACUUUCGCCAAGGCACUCUGGGAAAGGAUCCGACGAGAAUUCCCCGAACUCCGGAUCUACACCUUCUUCGAUCGUCCCGUAGGACCGCAUCCCGUGGCCAUGUUCGAGGUCAAUAUAUUCACCCCGGCGCAGUUUGGAGCAUUCGUGCCAUGGCUGGUCAUCAAUCGAGGCCCGUUGAGUGCUUUAAUCCAUCCAAAUACGGUGGAGACGGAGGAACUGCGUAAUCAUACGCAGCGUGCUACGUGGUUGGGCGAGAGGAUUCCGUUGGACGUGCGGAUUCUUAAAUUGAUCUCGGAGCAGGCGAAGAAGGAGGAAUUGGGGAACUGAGGAUGAGGCAGUAGUGAUGGUGGGUCAUUCUCUCGACCGUGACUCGACUUUGUGUGCAUAGCAUAUCAUAGCCUGGGUGAUUCGUGGUGUGACUGUUUAUGAAUUCAAAUGUUUGACGUUCUCAAUGCCGCAGAAACCUAAUUGGGUUGAUUGAUU